CAAAAUUCUAAAUGCCACCUUGUAUAAACGCCUUAUAAAAUAACCUUCCAAAUUAAGUAGGAAGAGUUUGGUCACCCACAUAAGGUCAUUUCCCAUUUGUCUUUAUCUUCUCCUUCUUUCACUACAAAAAGCCAAGCCAUUUCUUCUCCCCAUCUCAACCAAACAACUAAUCAGACGCUCAAGACCUAUACAGGGUUAGAUUAGUUUUACCAUUCCUAGUACAUUUCCUGCACAAAUUCAAGGACUUCCAAUGGCACAGAAGAUCGUAAUUGGUCUGGUACUUGUCCUGGUACCUAUGUUCUGGGCAAGUGCAUCAGCACAAUCAUCAAGCUGUACAAAUGUACUCAUUAGCUUGUCACCUUGCCUUGAUUAUAUCACCGGGAAUUCCUCCACACCGUCUUCAGAUUGCUGCACGCAGCUUGCUAGCGUCGUCCGUUCAUCACCACAGUGCUUGUGUGAGGUCCUUAAUGGUGGUGGUGCCUCGCUGGGGAUUAAUGUUAAUCGAACUCUGGCUCUGGCUCUACCUGGUGCUUGUAAAGUUGAGACCCCUCCCCUCAGCCGCUGUGAUGCUGCUUCUCCAUCCGAUUCUCCUGCAGGGUCACCAGAAUCUUCAAAUACAGAUCCCUCUGGAAAAGGAAAUGUACCAUCAACAAAAGAUGGCUCUUCUGAUGGAAGCUCCAUCAAGUUGUCUACUCCGCUGCUCUUCUUAGCUCUUUUUGCUGCAACAUAUGCUUCAACCUUCACAACCUAUUGAUUUUUCUCUUUGUUGCCGAGAUUUUUCAUGAUUUUCACAUUCUUACAUAUGGUUGAUUAUUGUUAGUUGUAUUUGUAUUUAUCAUCUGUUAUUUUUGAGUGGGAUCUUAGGCUCAGAUGCCGGUAGUAUUUAUUUUUUAUAUGACCUCAUCAGGGGUUGAUAUUGUUUUGUAUUACUGAAGAGACUUGCUCUCUUCCCAACUUAAUAAAAUUGUUUCUGGUUUAUGAGAGUAAA